UACCAACAAAACCUUUAAAGAUGAAGCCCAAAAAAACAAAAUCAUUAUCGAGAAGUUUCUUUCGGCGAAAUAAAUCAAAAUUUAAUGAUGACAGUUCCAGUGAGGAGGCGGAUGAUGAACCCAAACCACCAUUACAUUAUGAGAAAGGAUUACCUCCUGACGUUGCAGGACAAGUUGUCUACAUGAAAGAUAUUGUAUGUUAUUUGUCAUUACUGGAGGGUGGAAAACCUGAAGAUAAACUAGAAUUUAUGUUCCGUUUGUAUGAUACUGAUGGAAACGGUUUACUUGAUAGUUCAGAGUUAGAUUGUAUAGUGAAUCAAAUGAUGCAUGUAGCUGAAUACCUUGGUUGGGAUGUUUCAGAACUCAGACCGAUUUUACAAGACAUGAUGGUAGAGAUAGAUUAUGACUCAGAUGGUACAGUUUCAUUAGAAGAAUGGAUACGAGGCGGGCUGACGACAAUACCACUAUUAGUAUUAUUAGGUUUAGAUACAAAUGUUAAAGAUGAUGGAAACCAUGUGUGGAGACUUAAACACUAUAAUAGACCGGCAUAUUGUAAUCUUUGUUUAAAUAUGUUAGUUGGUCUUGGUAAGCAAGGACUAUCUUGUACAUUUUGUAAAUAUACGGUGCAUGAAAGAUGUGUACAGAGAGCACCCCCCUCAUGUAUCAGUACAUAUGUAAAGUCAAAAAGAACCAGCAAUGUAUUACAUCACCAUUGGAUUGAGGGUAAUUGUAACGGGAAAUGUGAUCGUUGUAGGAAGUCCAUUAAAAGUUAUAAUGGUGUUACAGGCCUACACUGCAGAUGGUGUCAAGUUAACCUUCAUAAUAAAUGUGCAUCUCAUCUGAAACCUGAAUGUAAUCUUGGAGCUUUGAGAGACCAUUUAUUACCUCCAACUGCCAUCUGUCCUGCUGUCUUGGAAAGACGAAGUACUCUCACACCGAGAGAAGUACAGGAAAGUUCAGAAGGUGGUGUCAAAAAGACUACAGUUCAGAGAACUGAUUCUAUGUCAAUGGAAGGGCAAGGUCUUCAGGUAAGAAUAACCACUAUCAUAGAGUACCAUACACCUCUACCUGGCACGCAUCCAGUGGUUAUUUAUAAUCCCAAAAGUGGAGGCAAACAAGGGGCCAGAAUAUUACGAAAGUUCCAGUAUUUAUUAAACCCCAGACAAGUAUUCAAUCUUGCCAAGGGAGGACCAAUUGCAGGGUUGAAAUUUUUCAAAGAUGUUGUUAAUUUUCGUGUUUUAUCUUGUGGUGGUGACGGCACAGUAGGAUGGGUGCUUGAUUGCAUGGAUAAAGUUCAGAUGGCCACAAGACCAUCAGUAGCAGUUCUUCCAUUGGGUACGGGUAAUGAUUUGGCAAGAUGUCUCAGAUGGGGCCCAGGAUAUAAAGGAGAAAGUUUGAGUAAGAUUCUUGGGCAGAUAACACAGUCAACAACAGUAAUGAUGGAUAGAUGGAAGGUAGAACUGAGUACGACAAAUGAUAAUGAACAAGGUGAUCCUAUCCCAUAUACUAUCAUCAAUAAUUACUUCUCAAUCGGAUUGGAUGCACAAAUUGCACAUCGGUUCCACACUAUGAGGGAAAGGCAUCCAGAGAAGUUCAACAGCAGAAUGAAAAAUAAACUUUGGUAUUUUGAAUUUGGGACAUCAGAAACAUUCUUUGCUAGUUGUAAAAAUUUACAUGAAGAUGUGGAUGUCAUGUGUGAUGGUGUAUCAUUGGAUUUGGCAAACGGGCCCCCAUUGCAGUGUAUUGCAUUGCUGAAUAUACCUAGCAGCCAUGGAGGUACAAACUUAUGGGGUGAUACACCGAAGAAACGUCGUAGUCGCCAAUCUAAGAAACCAUCAAAGAAAAGAGACUGUGACAAUCAAGCACAUCCUACUUUGAGUUUGACUUCAUCAGGGGAUCUUCAAUAUGCAACUCAGGAUAUUGGUGAUAAACUUAUCGAGGUGAUUGGACUGGAAGGAGCAUUCCACGUUGGACAGAUACGUGCAGGACUCAAAGCAUCAGCACGAAGAUUAGCCCAAUGUGCAUCGGUCACAAUAAGGACACGUAAAAAAUUUCCUAUGCAGAUUGACGGAGAGCCUUGGUUACAGUCACCUUGUACUAUAUCUAUUACUCACAAGAAUCAAGUUCCAAUGUUGGUAGCACCCUCACCAAGCAAAAGACAGUCAUUUGCCAAACUAUUCAAGAAAAACCUUGACCCACUACCUGCCCUCGAAGACUGAUCCUGAUAUCCCUACAUAACAAGUAUUAGAUUGAAUUUGCAGUAAGUUUGGACCAAUCAUUGUAUACAUGGGGGAGAAGGGAAUGUAUUGAGAAAGUAUUCCGCUCAGACUAAUUGAUUGGUGAAGUGAAAUGUUAAGUGGAAUAAUAAUUAAUGCAUCCCCGAUACCUUACCCUCCCA